AUGGAAGCAGAAUCCGAGAUGGCAAUAAAAAGCCUUGAAACUUUUAUUGACGUUACUUUAUCUCGGCUCCCGACCGAGAUUCGACAGAUGACUCUUGGUGAAAUACUCAAUUAUGAGACCAAUAACGAGAAAGAAAAUUGCAAUGAAAUUUUAUCAUCCGUUGAUGACCAUUCGUCACGAUUAGCUCCAUCGACAGUAAAAGUAAAGAAAACUGGUAAAAGAAUUACUAGCGGAACAGACGAUGGAUAUGUGACCGAGGGAGUUACGACAACGCGCACAUCAAGGGCUAGGAAACUGGCACCACCUACUACCAGAAGAACACGUAGCACUUCAAGGACUAGUAAAACAAAACUUAGUGAAAUAAAUCAAGAUACUAUAAAGAAGCCAACAAGGAAAGAACAACUUAAAAAAUCUGUGAAAAUUGAUAAAUUUAAAACUCCUGCUGCUACAAAAUAUGGGAGCAAUGAAUUUGAUAUUAUAACACCGAAAAUAAAACCCAAUACACCAUUAAAUAUAUUAAGACGCCCAAGGCAAGGAGAAAUGGCUCUUAGUAUGCAAGGUAGUCCCCUAAUGGUUUCUGGAGUUGUCCAAGAAAACAUUGCUAAUGUUAAUGUACCUUUGAGUAAUGGCAAUAUCAUGUCUUUAUUACCUAAUGAUGGUUUACGUAUGUCACAUAUUCCUGCAUUAGAUUCAGAAACCAUGAGGCAAUUGGAAACUUUGAAGAAUCAUAUCGAGAAAGUUAUCGCAACGAAGUAGUUAAAAUAAUUAUAGAAUACAUGUUUUAUAAGAUGCAUUUCACAUUUUGUCAUUGUGUGUGCCAAUGAAAUUGAUUUAAAAUCAAUUAUAAUUAUAAUAAUAAUAAUAAGCAUUACAAUUAUAAUAAGAUCAAAAACUGACAUUAUAUUAUAACAUUUUUAUAAGUAAUAUAAUUAAAAUAAAUGGUAUUAUAUGUUCAUUUAUAUUUGACUAGCAUUUGUUACAAUGUUGUAGUAUAUUAAUAUUAUAGAAUUAUAAAAUUAUAGAAUAAGGAAAUCAAUAUUUUUAAAUAAAAUUUUUUUACAAUCUGAUUAAAACCAAUAUAAUAACAGUGCAUGUAUGUAUAAUUUUUUAUUUAAUAAAAAUUAAAAGAUAAGUCGUGAACACAUUUAAUUUAUUAUAAAAUAUAUUUUAAAGAAUCAUUUAA